AUUCUAGUAAUCUCUCAUUCAGGUCUUCUUCUUGUUUUUGGUCUCUGUCUCUCUGUUCUCUCUCUGUCGCGAAAACAUUCAGAUCGCUAGCUGGUCGUGUAAUUUUGCUGCUGUAUUUGUUCUUCUUCCCAUAGUUGAGAUCUCAAGAGUUAACGAAAAUGAAUAAAAAUUCACGGUUCGAAAUCCCCUCACCGUCUUCUCCAGCCUCUGCCUCAGCUUCCGCAGAUGGUGAGCUAAAUGAAGACGACAUCUUCGCAAUUGAUAUAUCUCACGCGCCUCGACAGUCUCCGUCAUCUUCUCCGGCGCAACAUCCACCUGCUCGCCAGAUUCAGAGAAGCAAAAGCGGUUUGAAGAACGUUGAAGCUUCUGGUAUCCUCGCUGCUCUUCCCGAAACUUCUGGAAACAGUUACCUAAACCACGUCUUCCACCACAAGCCUGCGGCUGUUCUCUCCACUUCAGUCUCUUCCACAGCUUCUUCCUCGUCUUCCUCAGGCGGUGGUGCAUCAGCUGCUUCUUCAUCUUCGGCUCGAACCAUCCCCACCGCUCCUAAACCGCCUCAAGAGAGGCUUCCAUUUGUGGCUUCUUUUAAUGGAGGGAAGUAUCCUCAAUCAGCUCCUGUUCAAGUGCCGUUAGCAUCUUCGGCGAUGAUGAAUCGUCAUAAGAAGGAAUUCAAGUUGACUGAUGUGGUGGAUGACGAUGAGGAGGAAGAAGAAGAAGGUGAAAUGCUUCCGCCACACGAGAUUGUAGCUCGGUCUUUGGCUCAGUCUUCGUUGCUAUCUUGCUCAGUGCUUGAAGGAGCAGGAAGAACAUUGAAAGGGAGAGAUCUCCGGCAGGUAAGGAAUGCUGUUUUCAGAAGAACCGGUUUCAUAGAUUGAUUGAUUUUUUUUUUUCCAUCAAAGACCAUUCUUUCAUUUGUUAUCCAAUUGAACCUGUUUUAUUUGGGGCCAGAGAAACGUUCCAAUGUAUUGUUGUUCAUAUAUGUUGUCUACAUUAGACCGAUUUGUUACUUCAUAUCAAAGAGAUUGAUGU